GGAGGUUUCAAUUAGCCGGUGUGAUAGGUUAUCAUUAAACUAGUUUUGGUCUUUGAUUUGUCAAUAUUUUAGUGAUAAUAAGACUGAAUAUUUACGACUCAUCAUGGUUGUUCGCUCUUAUAAUGAGGAGUUACAGUAUUUGGAAAAGAUCUCUCCAGUAUCUUGGAGGAUCAAGAAGGGAUUCCAGCCUAACAUGAAUGUGGAAGGAAUAUUUUUUGUAAAUAGUCACUUAGAAAAAUUAAUGUUUGAUGAAUUAAGAAAUGCAUGUCGCCCUGGCAUGAUAGGUGGAUUUUUGCCUGGUGUUAAACAGAUAGCUAAUGUUGCAGCUCUGCCUGGCAUUGUAGGAAAGUCCGUUGGACUUCCUGAUGUUCAUUCAGGUUAUGGAUUUGCGAUUGGUAAUAUGGCUGCAUUCGAUUUAAAUGAUCCAAAAUCAAUCAUAUCACCAGGUGGAGUAGGUUUUGACAUAAAUUGUGGAGUUCGUGUCUUAAGAACAAAUCUAAUGGAGAAAGAUGUCUUACCUGUGAAGGAGCAAUUGGCACAAAGUCUUUUUGAUCAUAUCCCAGUCGGUGUAGGUUCAAAGGGUAUUAUCCCAAUGACUGCAAGAGACAUGGAAGAAGCCCUAGAGAUGGGUAUGGAUUGGUCACUUAGGGAAGGAUAUGUCUGGUCAGAAGACAAGGAACAUUGUGAGGAAUAUGGUCGAAUGUUGAAUGCUGAUCCAAACAAAGUUAGCAUGAGAGCCAAGAAGAGAGGUUUACCUCAGCUUGGAACCCUAGGCGCUGGUAACCAUUAUGCUGAGAUACAAGUUGUUGAUGAGAUAUAUGACAAGUGGGCUGCAAGCAAGAUGGGGAUAGAGAGUAAAGGUCAGAUAUGUGUGAUGAUUCAUUCUGGCUCAAGGGGAUUCGGUCAUCAAGUAGCUACCGAUGCUUUGGUUGCUAUGGAGAAAGCAAUGAAGAGGGAUAACAUAGAGACAAAUGAUAGGCAGUUGGCUUGUGCUCGUAUUCACUCACCUGAGGGUCAAGACUAUCUUAAGGGAAUGUCUGCAGCAGCUAACUUUGCCUGGGUUAACAGAUCAUCGAUGACAUUUCUUUCACGGCAGGCAUUUGCCAAACAGUUCAACAUGGCUCCAGAUGAUCUAGAUAUGCAUGUCAUUUAUGAUGUUUCACACAACAUAGCAAAAAUUGAAGAACAUGUUGUAGAUGGAAAGCAGAAAACUCUUCUGAUACACAGAAAGGGCUCGACAAGAGCAUUUCCUCCUCAUCACCCAUUGAUCCCGGUCGACUACCAACUAACUGGUCAGCCUGUCCUGAUUGGUGGUACUAUGGGUACUUGCUCUUACAUCCUCACUGGUACCGAGACAGGAAUGAAAGAGACAUUUGGCUCAACUUGUCAUGGAGCAGGAAGGGCACUAUCAAGGGCCAAAUCACGUAGAAAUUUAGACUACACUGAUGUACUUAGGGCUCUUGAACAAAUGGGCAUAUCCAUCAGGGUUGCUUCACCUAAGCUUGUCAUGGAGGAGGCGCCAGAAUCUUAUAAAAAUGUCACUGAUGUUGUUGACACCUGCCAUGCAGCUGGCAUUAGUAAAAAAGCCAUCAAAUUACGUCCUAUAGCUGUUAUCAAAGGCUGAGACCUGCGACAGUCUUGAGGGAAAAGAAUUAAUUCACGAAAAUGUACAUGAGAUGUACACCUAAAGAUCUGGAUCUUGCUCGUAAUAUUGUAUAUCUUGCAAAAAAGAUAAAGUUUAAUUAGCUUGAUCGCCAAAUAAUUAUUGCUAUAUAUAUUUUGUAUAUAUAUUUCCAGUUAUUAUUAUUUUUAAUAUCUUUCUAAAAGAAUUCCAAUAACAGCUGUCAAAUGUUUAUCAUUAUUUGUCAAAUUCUAACUCUUUUUGAUAAUGAAAUAAAUGUAAAUACGGAAUAAAAUUAAUAAAUAAAAUAAUUUAAAUACA